UUAGAUUGGUUGGGCUUGAUUUCGGUCUUACCAGGUAAUAAUCAAAGAUUCAAAAGCGUGCACUGUACUAUCGGCUUCACUGGCUUUGAAAAUUCUUUCUACGGCGAUCAAUGUUCUGCUGCCUGCAGAUGGACCGAAAUGACUUGCCAGAAAGCUCCGAGAACCCUAUUCCCGUUCGUGAUCAUCGUCUUCGCACAAUGGGCUGUAGUAUUGGCUAGGAGCGUAGGCCGUAACGGCCCCCAAAUUUAUCGCUAUUAACGCAGUACCAGGUAAGUGAACUGCUGUCCGGGAAUUGCGAUCCUUCACGAUGUGGCCUCGGUCGAAACACUAUGCCUCAUAUCCUCGUAUUGAUCCGUGCUGCCGGCUGACUGAUACUCUUCGGGAGCAUCGAACUAAGACAGGCAUUCAUGAGUUGAGAUGAUCUUCGAUUCUUCGUCCUCGAUAUGAUGGUUUCGCGUACGCAGCCUGUGCGACAAGGGGACGGGAUAAUGACGUUCUCCUGGUGCAUCGUGUUCUUGAUCACCGAGGUACCUCUAUUUGACAAGCCUGAGGGUUUGUGUAAUGAUGGCGACGAACAACAAUGGUGGAAUCAGGUGGAUGCGGUGUUAGCCUGAUG